AUGCAUAACGUGAAAAAUAACGAAAAAAAAGGUUAUGAAAGUGAAGAAUAUAGCGACGAUGAUCAUAUAUAUCCAAAACGAUUAAUUACUUCGUCAUCGACCAUCACCCAAAAUAACAAUGAUGAUUGGAUAUCAGUUGAAUCUGGUCAUGAUCAAAGACCAAAGAUCUUACCGGAGUUCAAGGAAAAGGCCGGUCCUACUUUUCCAGUUGAUUGUUGUUCUUCUCCAGCUACUUUUUACAAUGAGAUGUUACCUGACUCUUUAUUUGAUUAUAUUGUUACAUGCACUAAUACUCGUGUUCGUGUUUACUUUGAUAACAUCCCAUCAUCAUCACAAGGUCAAGAAAUAUGGAAGCUUGUUUCCCGUGAGGAAAUGAAAAAGUUCUUUGCUAUAGUAGUUCAAAUGGGUAUGAUUCAAAAACGAUCAAUCUAUGAAUAUUGGUCGACUGAUCCUUAUCUUAUAACACCAAUAUUUCAUUCACCGCACUAUUUGUCUCGUAAUCGUUUCCUUUUCAUUCUUCGGUAA